AUGGGGAUAGAAGGCGCCGGAGGACCGGGAGAGGGAGAGGGAGAAUGAGAGUGAGUGUGAGUGCUGUGUGAGGUCGUGCAGUCUCUGGCUUUGAGAAGACAUAUGCAAGCAAGAAAAAAACAAAAAUGAUUUGAGAUUUCUGUCUCUAUGUAUUGAGGUAGGAGUGAGGGGAUCUCGCCUUGUGCCGCCCUUUCCCUCCUCACGCCCUUCGCGAAACGCAGUCAGUUUUGUACAUGUUAAAUCUGGGCAUUAGGGACAAAUGACGCAGGUUGGAGGGGUGGAGGAGGGACGGAGGGAAGCAGGCCGUGAGUUGGAGGAGAGGGGAGGAGAGGGGAGGAGAGGCGGAAUCUGAUGGUGUGCUCUUGUUCACAGCGGCGUUGUGGCGGCGGCGGCGGCGGCGCAGGGUGCGGCGCGUCCGCGGGCGGCGGCCGGCCCGGCGCCGUGGCGCGCUGGCGGCCGGGCGACGAGGCAUGUCUGGAGGCCUCGCAGGCGGCGGCGGAGAGGCCGUUCCGCUGCCCGCUGUGCCCGCACCGCGCCCGCCGCAAGGACAGCCUAAUCAGGCACCUCCGGAUGCACACGGGCGAGCGCCCCUACCGCUGCCCCACGUGCCCGUACGCGGCCAUUCAAAAGUCCGACCUCGACCGCCACCUGCGCUCGCGCCAUCCGCAUCCCUUCGCCCUGGCGCACCACCUCAGCGCCGCCGCCGCCGCCGCCGCCGCCGCCGCGCCCUUGCCGCUCCCGACGCAAGCCUUCCUGGCGAACCACUCGCCCCCGCCGCUGCCUCAGUCCCAACACCACUCCUAAGGCGUCCCCCUGGAUGGCCCCCUCCUCCCCCGGUCUCUUUCCCUCCUACCCCUACCCUACCU